GAGAAACAGAGACCGGACGGACUAUAAAUAAUGCCUUAAGCAUCCAACUUUCACGGUCAACAAUCUCAUAAAACAAAUUUCAUUGUAUUUCCCUGUAUCGUUCAAAGUUUUAUUCUGAGGAGGAUGAGUGUGGAAGUGUUGGACAGUGCCACCAUAGUUGACUUCGUCGAAGACGAGGAAGCAUUCACCGUCUCGAUAACGGACCGGUUUGCUCGCCUGGACGCCGACCGUGACGGGCUGCUUUCUUUCGCGGAGCUGUUGAGGGAAUUACAGAGCUUGAGGGUGGUGGAGACUCACUUCGGCGUCGACGUCGAAACGGACCCGAGGGAGCUGGCUCGCGUUCACGAGUUGCUGUUCGUGCAGUUCGAUCACGACUCGAGCGGGAAGGUGGACUUGGAGGAGUUCAAGUCGGAGACCAAGCGGAUGAUGCUUGCUGUGGCGAGCGGGAUGGGGUUCCUGCCGGUUCAAAUGGUGUUGGAAGAGGGCAGCCUCUUGAAGAUAGCCGUGGAACGUGAAUCCACCAAGCUUGCUGCUUGAAUCCUUGAUUUCUUACAAGUGUUGAGCUGGUUUAUGAUUUUUGUUUUGUUUAGUGCUGAGUAAAUGGGGUGAAGUCUUUGUUUCAUGAAACAACAAAUAAUUUCAUUUCAAAUAUUAAAUGCAAAAUUAAGUU